CCCAGCCGCCUCCCUUCACUAUUCCACCUUUUAUAAUCACCCACACAUCUCAAACUCUUCCAUUUCUAUUUCUUCUUCUUCUCCUCCAUCUGUUAAUUUUCUAUCCAUGGAUAGCUUCUCCACUCUCUUUCCGUGCCCACCUUCAACUUCUUCUCCCUCUCCUUUCUCUUUUCUCUCCAUGGUCAACAACAGUUCCCAUCAUGACUUCCAAACCCACAAGCCCAGUGAUUUCCUUGGUUUGAUGAGUGGCACCACCGCAACAGCUGCUUCAAUGGAAGUUCCCGCCUCAGACAUCACUAAUGUCGAUUCUCUCCAGGCCAAAGGCCUUUUUGGCUCCGAUGACGGCGAAGUCAAGUCCUCCGGCAAGAAGAAGGGAGAGAAGAAGAUUAGAAAGCCCCGAUAUGCUUUUCAAACCAGGAGCCAAGUAGAUAUUCUUGAUGACGGUUACAGAUGGAGGAAGUAUGGGCAAAAAGCUGUCAAAAACAACAGGUUUCCAAGAAGCUAUUAUCGGUGUACACACCAAGGGUGCAACGUGAAGAAGCAGGUUCAACGCCUAUCAAAAGACGAAGGAAUCGUGGUCACAACUUAUGAAGGCAUGCAUUCGCAUCAGAUCGAGAAAUCUACUGAUAACUUCGAGCAUAUCUUGAGCCAGAUGCAAGUUUAUGCUUCCUUUUAAUUAGUCCAUUGAUCUAUACAAAAAAAGAAUACUUUGUAAAUUAAGUACUUUGAGAAGUAGCUAGACUAUACAAUAAGAUCAUGUGAUAUUGGGGAAUGGCGCUAUGUUUUCAUGUAGAAUAUUUAAAACCAGUUAAUUUGAUUUCAUUUCAUUUCAUUUCA